UAACACUUUCAGUCAUGGCGGCAGAAGGUUCGGAAGACUUCAGCAACAACGGGGAACUCGGGGAUCCUUCAGCUCCGGAGGUCUCGGAGACUUUCGAGUCUGCAACAGACAUGGCUGUUGAUUCCGAGGAGAACGCAGGCGGUGAGCUACCCGAGGUGGCGCCAGCCCCAGAUCCAAAUGCAUACACCAUGCCUCCGGCCGAGGAGGAUGAUGAAGGGGAGUUGCCAGUGGACUUUGACCGCCUGUGGAAAGCGGCCCACGACAAUCCACAGGAUUUCUCAAGCUGGACUGACCUGUUGCAGUACUGCGAGCAAGAGAGUCACAUGACUGCUUCUCGGCGAGCUCUUGUAGCAUUUCUGGCCCGCUAUCCACUAUGCUAUGGUUACUGGAAGAAGUAUGCUGACCUGGAGCGCCGGGCUGGAUACACCACCAAAGCAGAGGAGUCUCUGGUGUUCCAGGUGUGUGUGCAGGGAUUGCAGGCCAUCCCUCUGAGUGUAGAUCUGUGGAUCCACUACAUCAACCUGCUCCUGGGCACCCUGGAUAUGAACCAGCCAGAGUCCCCCAAGCGUAUCCGCAGUGCGUUUGAGGAGGCGCUUGUGGCCGCUGGGCUAGAUUUCCACUCAGAUCGCCUGUGGGACCUCUAUGUGGAGUGGGAGAAGGAGCAGGGGGACAUGAGGGCUGCCACGGGGGUCUACGACCGGGCGCUCAAGACCCCUACGCAGCUCUACAGCAGCCACUAUGAGAAAUUCAAGGUCCACCUGAACACCAACGAGCCCAAGGAGGUGCUGUCACCAGGGGAGUAUGAGGAGCUGUGUGUUGAGUACAGGCAGGCCCUGAAAGCCGAGAGGGCGGCCGCCCGGGCCGAGGGGGGGGAGGAGGAGGAGGAGGAGAGGCCCCCGGGGGAGGAGGAGGAGCCCGCAUCCCUCGAUGGCAAAGACUCCGAGGAGAUGAUGCAGAAGCUGCGAGAGCUGGCCUUGGCUCGCAGAGAGAAGGUCUUCCAGCUGAUGGAGGGGGAGGUCAGGAAGCGCUGGAACUUUGAAGAUGCGAUCAAGCGUCCCUAUUUCCACGUCAAGCCUCUGGACCGGGCCCAGCUGCGGGCCUGGCACUCCUACCUGGACUGGGAGCUGACCCAGGUGGACCUGGGCCAGGGGGAGACGGAGACCGAGGACCCCGAGUUCCUGGAGGCCCUGAGGGACAGCGGGGUGGUUGCCGGGGGCGACCGAAGGGUUCGCGUCCUCUUCGAGCGCUGCCUCAUCGCAUGCGCCCUCUAUGAAGAGUUCUGGACUAAGUAUGUCAAGUACCUGGAGCCUCAGAGCUUGGAGGAAGCGAGGACUUUGUUCAUACGAGCAUGUGAGGUCCACCUGGCCCACAAACACACCAUCCACCUGCAGUGGGCCACGUUUGAGGAGAGGCAUGGAAACCUGGAGGAGGCCAGGAGAGUGCUGGUGGCUCUGGAGGCUGCCAUGCCUGGCCUGGCCGUGGUCCGCCUGCGUAGGGUGGGGCUGGAGAGGCGAGCUGGCCGCACCGAUGAAUCGGAGGCGCUGCUAAGGGAUGCAGUGGCCCAGUCCAAAGAAACGCCGUCCCUCCAUGCUUUCUACUCCAUCAAGCUGGCCCGCUACCUGCUCAAGCUGCUGAAGAACCCGGGCAAGGCCCGUGGAGUCCUGCAGGAGGCUCUGGAGAUCAGCCCGGAUAACAGUAAGCUGCACCUGAACCUGCUGGAGCUAGAGGUGUCAGGGGACCCCCGUGGCUCGCCUGAGGGGGUGCAGGAAUGUGUGACACGGGCACUGGCCGCCCCCCUCUCGCCCCGGACCAAGAUCCUCUUCUCCCAGAGAGGCUUGCAGUACGCUGAGGACUAUGGGAACUCUGUGCAGAGUGUGCUGAGUAUCUAUGAGGAGCACCAGAAGCUCUUGAAGGAGCUGGGCAAGAAGAGAGGAGCGGAGAACGGGGAUGGGGAGGAACCCGAGAAGAUGAGUAAAUCAGACGACGGCUCUGCAGACCCUGCCCAGGCCCCUCCCACCAUGCCUCACGUUCCCAUAACCACGCCCCCUCCCCCCAUGAUGGGCGGGGACAUGAGUGGUCAGGGAGGUUAUGGAGCAUACAACAGCUGGUACCAGCAACCACAAUAUGGAGGUUACGGUUACCAGAACCCAUGGAACUACAAUCAGGGCUACUAUCCUCCCAGCUAAAGGGGAAGAAAAAGACUGUAACGCACCAGUGAACAGCAGGAAGUCGACCCCUGAGGACGUUUCAGCAUUGAGUCUCCACCGCCCAGUCCUGAGCCCAUCAACAAUCAGCCUUCCUCUCUCCUUCCCUCCCUCCCUUACAGAAAUCACCAUUUAAAAUAUCCAUGGCCCACAGUCUGGCUUAACCUAACCAGAUAUGUUGAACAAUGAUUUAACCUCGAGGGUUGAAGGGAAGGAUGGAUGGCUGUUUGUAGCCCAGAACACAGCUCUGAAUGACUGGACGAUCCCAUCUCUGCAGGAAACCCCUUCGCUUGUCAGGAACCGGAAGUGUGAGCCAGUCUCAGUCUGAUCUCUGAAGUUGUGCGACUGUACAUUGUUUUUACAAUAACUAUUUUUGUAUUCUCUUAACAUCCAAAAGGCUCCCCCCCCCACCACCCCUCUUGCUCUUUUGAUUUUAAGCUUGUUUCUGUCUACUUUGCGCAGUUACUGAAACCUUGCAUCAUUCCGUACUUAGGCUAUUCUUUUUCUAAUGUAUAUAAGGGUGUUUUAUAGUGUGGCUAUGAUGUCCAAGCUCUUCAGUCUCUCAUGCAACUGCUGUGUCUUUCUGUACAUGUAGCCUAUGAAUGAUGGUGUUCCACUCUGACUUGGCUCAGUUGAAUCUUCAGGUCCUGCAGACAAGAUGUUGGUCCAGCCAUUUUGUGAAUGUGAACACGUAUCCGACUGUGUGUCUGUCUUGGUGCUCCAGUCACAGGAAGUCCAUGUAAGGGUGAUGUCACGCUGUACAGUGUGUGUAGUGUACUUAAUGCAAUAGAUUGGCCAUAAACUAAUAGAAGUAGUGUAGUGGUCUGUGCGCUCUUUAAGAAAAACACUCGCUGUCCACAGGAUCGCUGCCAUUGCAUCUCUCCUCACCUUUAUGAAUGCCAUUCCAUUUUGUUUUACUCCAAUGCAUGCACAGUAGAAUUCAGUCACAACACCUGUGUGACUGAGUAUCUUUUUACAUAUUUGAAUUCACGUGUGGGCCUCCACUUUUACAUUGUUCAAUAAAAAUGUUAGCAAA